UCUUUGUUUCUGUUCUUGCUGAAAAGUGGAAAGCGCAGCUCCUACUGUAGCUCUUUAAAAAUAUUACAUUAAAUUUCUGGUUUUUUUUACUAUUUUCAUUCACCUACAAUUAAAUUGUUUUCCUGUCAACCAUUUUAAUGUGCUUUUUGUGACUAAUUUAUACAUCCCUUUUAAUGAUUUACCUCGGUACUUUCAUUAAUCAGUUUCACCACUCGGAUUAUAGCACAAAUACUUCACAUAUUGAAGCCAUCAGUUAAAGUAUAUCUGGUGUCAACAGAAUGGCGUUCAACGCCCUUGUUAAUAAUAAAAAUUGUGCCCUAGAUGUAAUAGAUUUAAAUUCACUGCAAGAUCCAGCUGGAAUCUUUGAGUUGAUUGAAGUUGUUGGAAAUGGAACUUAUGGCCAAGUCUACAAAGGUCGUUUUACAAAGACUGGUCAAUUGGCUGCCAUUAAAAUCAUGGAUGUAGCGGAUGAUGAAGAAGAGGAGAUUAAAUUAGAAAUCAAUGUGUUGAAGAAAUAUUCUUAUCAUCGUAACAUUGCUACCUAUUAUGGAGCCUUUAUUGACAAAAGUCCACCUGGGAAAGAUGACAAACUCUGGCUUGUCAUGGAAUACUGUGGUGCUGGUUCAGUUACAGAUUUAGUUAAAUCAACUAAAGGAAAAUCACUUAAAGAAGAUUGGAUUGCUUACAUUUGCCGUGAAAUCCUUAGAGGUUUAAGCCAUCUUCAUGCAAAUAAAAUAAUCCAUCGGGAUAUCAAAGGACAAAAUGUUUUACUGACUGAUAAUGCUGAUGUUAAAUUAGUUGAUUUUGGUGUCUCUGCUCAAUUGGAUAAAACGAUUGGUCGAAGAAAUACCUUCAUUGGUACACCAUAUUGGAUGGCUCCGGAAGUCAUUGCUUGUGAUGAAAAUCCUGAAGCAACUUACGACAACAGAAGUGAUCUCUGGUCUUUGGGCAUUACUGCUUUAGAAAUGGCCGAGUCUCAACCUCCAUUGUGUGAUCUACAUCCUAUGAGAGCUCUUUUUUUAAUUCCCCGUAAUCCACCUCCACGGUUGAAAUCUCGAAAGUGGAGUCGAAAGUUUCAUUCUUUCAUUGAGACAGUUUUGAUUAAAGAUUACCAACAGCGACCUUAUACUGAUCAACUGCUUCAACAUCCAUUUCUCAGGGAUCAACCACAAGAAAAACAAGUUCGGAUGCAAUUGAAAGAUCAUAUUGAUAGAGGCAGAAAGUAUCAAAGAACAGAACCAGAAGAACAAUUUAGAGGAGGUUUUGUUUCUGACGACGACGAAGAAGAUAAUUCAAAUGCCCCAGAAGAUAAUGGGGGUGAUGGUCAAGAAGAUGCAACGCUUAAGAGGAAUGAUAAAACACUGAAUUCCAAUGAAGCAGGUGCUAUUGGACCUGCUAUCGCAGCUUCGGCUGUUGGUAGAUCCAAUAUCUCAAAUAACAUUCCUGGAAGCUCAAAUCUUCCACUUCCAGGAGUUAGCCAUGGGCCUCAAAUGUCCCAACCAAGUAGUCACCCCGCAAAUCGACCCCUACCAGUGCCACCGGGUGGUGGACAUCAUCGUCAUUUACCAGAGCCUCCACCCAAUAAACCUUUACCACCGAUUCCAGUUGAAGAUGAUUCAAAGAGAGGAAAAGACAAAAAUAGAGAUAGAAAACCUUUAACACCACCGAGAAGUGCAGUUUCCGCUGCACCAAAUGGAGGCGGUCAUCAUAGAAAUUCUGGUUUAUUUAAGGUCGCUCAACUUCAUAAACCAGAAGAUCUUGAAGUUUUGGCUGCUCAGCUAAACGAACUUGCAUCAUCUAACCCUGAAAGUAAAAAGUUUGCCCUGCCAAAGUAUCCUAAUAAUAAUGGGUCAGAUGGUGGACCUGGAGUUGCCCGAGGCAAAAAUGAAGCAAUUUCCAAAGUCAAUGGUAACAAAGCACGCCAACAAGAGCCAGGACCUAAUCCACUUGCACCACCAUUAGAGUCAGACUCAGAUGAUGAUGAUGAUGAUGAUGAAGAUGAAGAGGAAGGACCCAUGAGAAAUGAUGGAACACUUUUAGCAUCAGACCCUCCUAGACCAUUGCCUUAUGAUAAUAAUCUACUUUCGGGAUUAGCCCAAGGAUCAGACUCUUCACCAACACAAGCGCCUAACCGACCUCUGCCUCCAACACCUGAUGAUGAUGAUGAAGAUUCAAACGACAAAACACUUGUCAUACGCAAGAAUCAAGCCAACAGUGAAUCAAACAGUGCCAAAGAAAAGAAGAAAAGUAACCAAUUAGGGUCAAAUGGUGACCCUUCUAUUGAUAAUAGUAAGAGAAAUAGUGUGAUAGAAAAGUCUACGGUUUCCGGUUCACCAGGAUUACCCAUGACAACUGUGCCUUCCUCUUGCCCGGCUUCAUCAGCAUCAACCUCCUCUUCAUCCAUUGCCGGGUUAACCCCACCACCAAAAACAUCAUCGUCACCUUCAUCCUCUCAGCUCAAUAGUAGUAGUAAACAUUUACCUGCUCGAGCUUUCGAAGGUGCCCUUGGUGUGUCUCCACAGAAACGCAAAGAUCGUUCAGUUGCUGUUGGCAUUAGCAGUGGCAGUAACAGCAACAGUAACAGCAGCAACAGCAACAGGGGCCAUAAUAAUGUUAAUAAUAUUAAUAAUAAUAAAAAUAAUAAUAGUGGUCCCGUUAGUCACAGAGUAACACCUGAUAAUUUACUUUCACCAAGUAAUCACCUGAUUGGUAACAAAAGUGAUCUCGGAAAAAAAGAAUCGCCAUCAACACCAAAUCACUUAAGAACUUUUGUAGAUAAAAUCGGAUCCAGUGGAAAGCAUCAACAAGGUGACCGUGGUUCCAAUGUCAACGAUCUCUCAUCAAAUCAUUCAUUCAUCCCCCGCCUGGAAUCAUCUCAGAGUUCACCCUCUAAUAUAGCUCUUCUUGGUAAUAAUCGUGAUGGAACCCGACCUAACAGUGUUUUACCUGAUUUAUUGCCACAACAAUUGCAGAGGAAUAGUCAACAAGAUAAAGCAAUAUCUGACGAAGUCGCCAACUAUCUAAUGCAAUAUCGACAAGCUGUUAGCAGUAAAAAUCCACUACAUUUGCAGCAAAAACAGAAAUCAUUCCUAACAUUUGGGUUCAGUGCUGGUGGUCCAUCACCAAGUCCAUCACCUCGCCGUGAAUCCCAUAUUAACGUCAAUGUAACACCUUCUGCUCAUCCCGAUACACCGGAGAUCCGCAAGUACAAAAAAAAGUUUAAUUCGGAUAUACUAUGUGCCUCUUUAUGGGGUGUCAAUUUGUUGAUUGGUACCGAAAAUGAUUUAGUUUUACUGGAUCGAAGUGGACAAGGUAAAACAUAUACACUCAUCUCUCGUCGACGCUUUCAACAAAUGGAGGUACUAGAAGGUCAAAAUAUACUGGUUACCAUUUCGGGUAAAAAAUCACGAGUCCGGGUUUACUAUUUAUCCUGGUUAAAGAGUAAAAUUAUACGAACUGAACAGCAAAUCGAGAAAAGAAGUGGUUGGGUUAAUGUUGGCGAUCUGCAAGGUGCAAUCCAUUUUAAAAUCGUGGUAUGGCAAAUACCACAACACGUCUCUAAGGAUUGGGAGAAUACCUUUCGAAUAUGGAGUGGCAAUGUUAAAUAUGAGAAAAUCAAAUUUUUGGUAAUCGCCUUACGUGAUAGUAUUGAGAUUUACGCCUGGGCGCCUAAACCUUACCACAAAUUUAUGGCAUUCAAAUCAUUCACUGAUCUUAUCCACAAACCACUUCUUGUCGACAUGACCAUCGAAGAAGGAAUAAGAUUCAAAGUAAUUUAUGGCUCUAAAGAGGGUUUCCAUGCGGUUGAUUUGGAUAAUGGUCAUGUCUAUGAUAUAUACAUACCAUCACAUACACAAGGACCAGUAACACCUCACACCAUUGUAACACUUCCAAACUCCAAAGGAAUGCAACUUUUACUCUGCUAUGAUAAUGAAGGUGUCUAUGUAAAUACAUUCGGAAAGGUUAGCAAAAACAUCAUCCUUCAAUGGGGUGAAAUGCCAACAUCAGUUGCCUACAUUGGUACCGGUCAGAUAAUGGGUUGGGGCAACAAGGCUAUUGAAAUAAGGAACGUUGAAACAGGCCAUCUUGAUGGAGUUUUUAUGCACAAACGAGCUCAAAAAUUGAAAUUCCUGUGUGAACGCAAUGACAAAGUAUUCUUUUCAUCUGCCAAAGGAGGCUCUUCAUGUCAGAUCUAUUUCAUGACUCUGAAUAAACCUGGAAUGGCCAAUUGGUGAAAUAAUUAAAAUAAUUACUACUUGAUGUAAGGAAAGAAAGACUCAUUGUGAAGCUUUUCCGGAUAAACUGAUGAAAGGUUGAAAAGACUUCUGAAUCCAUCUAUCGCACAACAAACAACAAAACUGAACAAGAUAAUCGUACAUGCAUUGGAAAAUAAGAUUUUAAAUAUUUUGAGCUGCUUUUAAAUAUCAUUAUCCCGUCACGGCGAACCGAGAUAUUAAUUCUCUGAUGGACUUCAAAAGACUUUUUUGAAAAAAAUGAUGUUGAUUUCGACAACUGUCAACUUUUUGAUAUGCUUUAUUCAUGUUUUUUAAACUGUAAACCAUUUAAUUGAGCUCAAAAAAGGCUGAUUAUUGAAUAGCAAAAAUUUGAAAAAAAAAUCAAGUCGUUCUCAAAGGUUUUCUUAUUAAAACCAAUUUUGGUCACUUUUUUGAUUUUGAGAAUAAAAUGCGUCAAAAAUUCGAGUUAAAAAUAAAAAUUCUUUAGAUUAAACAUAAAA